AUGGCCGCAUCCGUCCCCGUCGCCAGCUCCCUUGCUGACAUCUAUCCGCCAACCGCCUUGGCCACGGAAGCACCGAGAUGGAGCAGUUUGCUGUCCUCAUUCGAGGAAGCCUACGGUCACAAAGCUGCUUUUGUUGCCCGUUCCCCUGGGAGAGUCAACAUUCUCGGCGAGCAUAUCGACUACUCGCUAUACUCAGUCUUGCCCAUGGCCAUCACGGCGGAUUCCAUCAUGGCCGUAUCAUCAACUCCCACUGCAAAAGGUGCCUCUACAUUUAAAGUAAGGCUUGCGAAUAUGGACAAAUCGAAGUUCGCCGCAAGCGAGUUUGAUGUGCCCGCCGAUGGCGACGUCGAGAUUGACGCCUCAAAGUUUGAGUGGACCAAUUACUUCAAGAGUGGACUGCGCGGUGCUCUGGCACUGCUUCGAAGAAAGCACGGAAAAGAGUUCAAGGGAGUCAACAUGGAAAUCAUGGUCCAUGGUACAGUCCCUGUUGGCGGGGGGUUGAGUUCUAGUGCCGCGAUUGUCACUACCAGUGCGCUCGCCGUCAUGAAAGCUAAUGGCGUAGAUGCAGUGGACAAGACGGAACUGACCGAGCUGGCUAUUGUAAGCGAGCGAGCUGUCGGUGUCAACUCUGGCGGCAUGGAUCAGGCAGCAUCCGUGUUUUCAGAGCCAGGUUCCGCUCUGUUCGUGUCAUUCAGCCCGCGACUCGAGGCUCGCCCCAUCAAAAUGCCCCCAACCCGCCCAGAGCUAUGCUUUCUUAUCGCCCAGAGCUUUGUCACCGCAAACAAGCAUGUCACCGCCCCUAUCCAUUACAAUCUUCGUGUCGUUGAAGUGAGUUUUGCUGCGGCAUACCUGAAUGCUGUUCUCAACCCAGCUGGAACGCGCCUACCCGUUGAUGCUGGACCAUUAGGUAUCAGUCUUCAGGGCUUUCAUGACACGUAUUUUUACCACGCCAACACAUCGGACUACUCUGCUGCGAAGAGCCUGACAAAAGAAGAAGAAUUGGAAAAGCUUAUCGCAGUCACAAGUGAGACUUUUACCCAGGAAGAGGGAUACACCCGAGAGGAUAUCGCCAAGGUUCUCAAUGUGACUUUGCAAGAACUUGAAAACCGAUUCACGGCGAAAAUUCCUGUCAGGGCAGAGAGGUUCAUGCUGCGACAGCGAGCUCUUCACGUCUUUACUGAAGCACUGCGUGUACUGAAAUUCGUCACCCUCCUAGAGCGGCCCGUCCAUACCGGGGCUUCGGAUACAUCGCCCUUCAACAAAAUGUUGGGAAGUAUCAUGAACGCGACUCAGGACUCUUGUCGUGAUCUCUAUGACAACAGCUGUCCGGAGAAUGAGGAAAUCUGCCGGAUUGCCCUGGCAGCUGGGUCCUACGGAAGUCGUCAAACUGGAGCUGGUUGGGGCGGGUGCUGCGUUCAUCUGGUUUCAGUGGAUAAGGUGAAAGAUGUGAAAGCAGCAUUGGAACGCGAAUACUACUCCAAAUUAAAGCUGUCAGAGGAGCAGAAGACCCAGGCAAUGGUCGUAAGUAGGCCAGCGGGAGGCAGUGCCUUGUACAUGGUUGGUGAUGCCUUGAGGAGCUGA